AUGCAAGAAGAAGACAACAAUUCAAUGGGAGGUGUAUCCUUACAAUAUUUGAAUAAUAAUGCACAAGGUGAGUUAACGAAUGAUCAAUUACUUGCUAAAAAGACAAGAAUGAUGAGUAAAACUACAGAUUCUAUUAGAAAUCCUGCAUAUACAACAGAUUUUGGUCCACCACAGGCCUCUAGAAUAAAAAGAUCAAUGUCGAUGCCAUUUAUCGUCAAAUCAAUAUUAUCCAAACCAACUCCAACAUUUAACCGUCGUACGAAAAAGAAACAUAUUAGAAGUAAAAGUGUACAUUUUGACGAAAAAUUACCAAUAAAAUUAUACCAAUUGGAUGAUAGACCUAGAAUUAUUAGCGAUGAGGACUCAUAUGAUACAGGGAAAGUUAAUUUUGAUAAGACAAAACCAUUAGGUAGAAUAAAUACUCAAGAAUAUUAUGAGGAUGAAAAUGAUAAUGAUCUUGAUAUGAUAAAGGAUUCAGCGAUAAAUAGUGGUGAAAACAAUGGGUUUUAUGAUUUUAAUUUUCCAAUAUUUGAUUACGCGCAGGGUUUACAAGAUGUUCGAAUAAAUUAUUUUUUUAAUCAUACCAAGAAUGACUUAUAUUUACAAGAUUUACAUUUAGAAUUUUUGAAACAAACUCAAGAUUGGGUAUUAAAAGGCAUUAUAUCUCUAAGAAAUAUUUUUUUUGAAAAAUUUGUUGUCGUUAGAUAUACAACAAAUAAUUGGAAAAAUAGUACAGAUAUUUAUGGUCAAUAUAUGAGAAGUGGGAAUAAUUAUGAUUUUUUUGAAUUCCAAAUUAAUAAAUUAGUUGAUUUAAUCAAUUAUGAUUAUGAUAAACAUUCAAUUAAUUUAGAAUUUUGUAUUAAUUAUCAAACAACAGAUAAUAAUCAUCAAGCAUUGGAAUUUUGGGAUAAUAACAAUGAUAAGAAUUAUAGAAUGAGAUUAGUUGUUGGUAAAGAAUUGAAUACAAUAGCUAAAGAGGAAAAUGAUAUUAAAAAUAUCGAAAAACAAUUCAUGAAUUGGAAUUUGACAUAUACUGAUUCAAAAAGUCAUAAUACUAAUAAAAAAACAAAUAGUAAUAAUAAUAAUAAUAGCAGUGGUAGGAGCUGCAAUAGUAAUAGUAAUAAAAAGAACAUAAAAUCAUUAUUAAAUGAAAAUAGUGAUAGUGAUAGCGAUUUAGAUUCAUUAGAAUUUGAUUUAGGUCACAGAUUUGAAAAUAAUAGAAAGAAUAGUAAACAAAUGAAUAAUAAUUUUGGUAUGACUAAUAAUUUCAAUAAUUUGAACAAUUUUAGUAGUAAAAAAAGAACUGAUAAUUUUAAUAAUAAUGAUAUUUUACAAAGUGCAAUGAAUCAAUACCCCUUCAAACAAUAUAAUUUCAAGAAUUCAUUCAAUAGCUAA